CCCUGAGAUUCCCUUCGUUUCAUAAUCACAGGUCGUUAGUCGAUUGCUCACAGAUCGUCAAUCUAGGCAACACCGGCAGCAGCCAAGGAUCAGAGUACCGAGCUCGUCCGUGGAAAGGCGGAAGGUUCCGCAGUGACACCAAACAUGGUCGCUCUUCCAGUGCGAUUGCUAUAUAAGAGCUCGCUUUUUCCAUAAAGCGUUGGAGCGUUUUCGGCGUCAGAUUGUUGAUUGCGAAGGAUGAAUUGUGAGGCUCAUCAUGAAUGCUCAUUCGGUCUGGACGCUGUCAUGAAUGUUGACGGCUCAGUUAACGAUUCCAUUGACGAAUCAGUUGACGAUUCAGUUGACGAUUCAGUUGACGAGUCCAUCCAUGUUUUUCGUCUCUUCCACUCGCACUCUCGAUGGCAGAGCUUGAGUUUCAGUCACCAGAUCAAGCAACGGCGCACACCUGGAAGCAUGACACUCGAUUGUGAAGGGCUUAUCGCUGAUUCGAGCUAAACUGCAAAGGAAGUCGCUACUAGUCUGACUGACAGUCGAUUUUAGUCUCACUGACAGUCGAUUUUAGUCUCACUGACAGUCGAUUUUAGUCUCACUGACAGUCGAUUUUAGUCUCACUGACAGUCGAUUUUAGUCUCACUGACAGUCGAUUUUAGUCUCACUGACAGUCGAUUUUAGUCUGACUGACAGUCACCUUUCAUUCUGACUGAUAGUCGCCGUCAAUCUGACUGACAGUCGCCUUUUGUCUGACUGACAGUCGCGUUUCGUCUGACUGACAAUCGCCGUCAACCUGACCGACAGUUCCCGUCAGCCUGACGGCCAGUCGCCUUCGCCAUGUUCAACUCGCAGCGGGACGCCCGGCCGCAACAAGCAGCGCCAGCAGCCUCCGUCAACCCAUUCCUCUCAAACCCCUCCCCAUCCUCCUCCUCCCCCUCCCCUGCAACCCCCUUCCGCACUCCACCGCCCGCUUUCGCUUCCCCCACCUUCUCCUCCCCCACUUGCGCUCCCGCCGCAUUCGCUUCCCCCACUUCCGCUUCCCCUGGAUUCGUUCCCCCCGCAUUCGCUUCCCCAACGACCGCCCCUCUAGCUACAUCCCCAGGCGAUCCCUCAUCGGAUCCGAGCUACGCCACUCCCCAGGCCACCAUCCGAGCGGCGUCCAGAUUCGGCCCUCCACUCCACUCGCUCUCCUCCACUCCCUCCCGACCCAGAUCCAGCCCGCGAAGCCCUAGCCAGAGUGGUAACCCUAUUUCGUCUCAGCCGGUCGUUCCUCCGUCCCCGGCAGCCCAGUCCAGCACCCCUCCUGCCUUCGCAGCACCAUCCGCGUCUCCCGCCCCUUGGUCCGCCUCCUCCGCCUCCUCCGCGUCCUCUCCAUCACCGAAAGGCCGGUCUUGGCAUGGCUUCUCGCCCUCUCCUGUCGCCGCCCGCAGCACCGCCAACUCUAAAUCGCCCGUAAACGUAGUGGAUGCUGCUACCACGCCGGAUAAGGCUGCUUCGGUUUCAGCUCCUAGCAGCAGCCGACGGGCCGAAGCUGAGGAAGAGGUCCAGGAGAGGUGCGGUAAUGGUGGUGCCAGCAGUCAUGCGGGUGCUGGUCAACGAGUAGGAGCGGCGGGGAAGGCACAAGAGGGGACAAAAUCCGAGCCGGCAGGUUUGAGGACAGGCUCGGCAGGAGUGAAUGGGGUGACAGCAGCAGGUUCGGGGGGUUCCGGUCCGUCAGCUGCUGCGUCUGGCUCGGCUGAACUAGGCUCGGCGAGAGUAGCAGGGGGUGCGACUCCUCAGAAAGCGGGGAAGAUUCGAAUGGACGGUUUAGAUCUACAAAAUGGAGGUGGAUUGUCAGGAGACCGCUCCCAACCGUCCGAUUCACAAUCUGCCUGUGAGCCGUCACAGAGAGAAGAGAAUGAGAGAGUGACAGCAGGAAGAGACUCUUCCCUUGCAGCCCCUCCUGCUUCCCCCUCCUCUUCCCCCACGCCACCACCGUCCGCCGCUCCUGCCUCUGUCCUUUCCACCUCUCCCUCUGCUGCUCCCAGCCAUCUACCUUCUGCUGUGGCGGCCUCCCCCUUCCCCGCCAUCCCCUCUCCCUCCAUCACCCCGACUUCUCCCUCCAUGACUCACUCGCACCACAGUCAUGUGAAGCGCAGCGCUAGCGAUAACAACUGUAGGGUGCAGUCCCCACCCUCCUCUGCCAAACCUGCUCUCCUGCCUUCCAGCCGAACCUUCUCUGCAGGCUCGGAACUAGGCAAGGGCGCAGCUGCGGCGGCUGCGGCUGCUGUGGCGCAGUUUUCCGCGCGCAGGCAGCACAUGGGCGUUGGGGGAGGGGGAGGGGGAGGGGGAGGCGGAAGUGAGGCUGGAGCUGCGGGGGGGAAGGGGGGCGCGGGGGGGAACAUAGGUAUGGCAGCGGCAGCAGGUGCAGCAGUGGUACCAGGAGGAAGAGAAGGAGCGGAGGGCGUAGGCAGCAGCAGUGCAGUGGGUGAUAGUAGAGGGGAUAGCGAGAGUAAGCCAGCACAGAGGAAUGGUCACUCCCCCUCCUUCUCUUCUUGGGCCUCCCCCGCCCCAUCUUCCCCUUGGGUCCCCUCCCCCUCCCCCUCCCCUUCCCUCCGCACUCCCCACACACCCUGGAAUGCCGCCUCCCCUGCUGCCCCCUCCCCCUCCCCUGCCCGCCAAUUCCCCCCCACCCCCUCGCCCUGGUCCCCCUUCCCCCCCGCUUCCUCCAAGGCCAGGGGGAAGUGGGGGGCAGUGGCGCGGGGGGUGUGGUGGGGGACGGCGGUGCUGGGGGCAUUGCAGCAGCGGUCAGCUGGGGGGCUCAGGCGGCUGGCGCUGCUGAUUGCGCUUAACUCCGCGUACUCCACGGCAGAACUCAUCGUUGGCCUGCUGAUUGGGCGAAUAGAGCUGGUCUCCGACUCCUUCCACCUCUCCUUCGGCUGCUGCAUUCUGCUGCUCUCCCUCGCUGCCAUGCUCCUGGGGAAGCGGCCCGCAGAUGCCACCUUCACCUACGGCUAUGAGAGACUGGAAGUGCUGGCAGCCUUCACCAACGGACUCUUCCUGCUCUUCCUCUCCUUCUCCCUAGCGGUGGAGUGCCUGCAUGCUUAUAUCGAGGACGAGGCAGAGCACAAGCACUACCUGGUCAUGUCUGCCGUGGUCCACCUGCUCAUCAACCUCCUCGGAGUGUUCUUCUUCAAGAGCUUCGCCCGCCGCACCAUAACAUACCAGCGGCCAAGGGACAUGAACCAUCAUGCCAUUCUGCUGCACCUGCUCUGCGACUCCAUCCGAAGCGGCGGAGUGGUCCUCGCCUCGUGGUUCAUCGCCAUGGGCGUCUACAGCGCUGAGGCCAUCUGCCUCGGCCUGGUCUCCCUCGCAGUGCUCGUGCUCGCGCUCCCAUUGGUGCACUCGUCCGGCAACCUCCUGCUGCAGAUGGCGCCUGCAGGGAUCUCAGAGCCUGCCCUGCACAAGUGCAUCCGCCACGUUGCAGCAUACGAGGGGGUAGAAGAGUGCUUUGAGCACCGGUUCUGGGCUGUGGUCCCUGGGCAUGUGGUGGGCACACUCACCGUCCGGGUUAGACAAGGCGUGGAUGAGCAGAAGGUUCUAGAGCAUGUGCAUUCCAUUUUCAAUGACAUCGGUGUCAGAGACCUUACUGUCCAGAUUGAAUCGACCUCGUGAUGUAAAAACGGAAAUUGUACCCUUGCUUGCAAACGCCACCGUUAUCCACAUCAACUAUGUCAGCAUUCCGUGUGGCAAGAUUCAC